GUUCAGUCUGCUUCAUCUUCGGAAUCGGAACAGAGUGCUUGACCUUUCGAAGCUAAAAUUUCAGAAACGACACGGCAGAGGAAGGGAAGGAGCGACAAGGUGAAUCGUCACCGUCCCUCUUCACCUCCGAUCUCGUCUCGGUAGGACAACUUCAACCCAUAAAUUUCUUCCCUCGGCAACCUCCACAUCCUAGAACGCGUCAGAAGGUGAGACGCGCCUUUCGUACAGUAUUGUACCAACAACAGCCCAACAUGGCAGGACAAGGACAACCUCCCAUCAAACCGGAGAAUACGAAGCCAAGCUUCAAUUUCUCUUUCGACUCGCCAGAUCUGCGAGCGAGACAACAAAGCAGAGGUGUCUACGACGACUCGAGUGAUGAUGAGACACCGAAGAAAGUUCGGACCAGGAUGGCAAAAGUGAGUGGGACAGGCUUUAGGGCAGGAUUUGGUGGUUCUGCGUUUUCGAAUCCGAAUUCUCAAGUAAGGAGUGGUUUGGGCUCUGCUGUUGUGAAGACAGAGGCUUCAGGAACGACGAAGUUCUUCGGAGCUGCGACGACAGCAGUACCUCCGUCAGCUUUCGGUUCUGUGUUGACGAGUGCUUCGAUGCCACCUUCUACAGGAGCCUCCUCGUUCUUCGGAAGCACUGCUACGACGGCAACAACACAAGCUGCAUCGGUAUCACCUUUCCAAGCCACGGCCCCUCAAGUACCUCAGUCUCAAGCUCCGUCAUGGCCGUCAUGGCCGUUCUGCGCAUCUGCUAUACCACAAGCUGCACCUUCUUUAGCUUUCCAAAGGCCUGCUUCUCCUGCUACUGAACCGCCAUCCGGGCCAGUUUUCCAGAACCCACCUCUUCAACCGUCUGCUGCUACAAAAACUCUAUCUCUGUUCACAGAUGCUACGAGCCGGACAGCACAAGCAGCAAUUUCCUCCGCUUUCCAAAGCCCAACUACUCAAACUUCUCAGGCUCACACUCCUUUUGGACCAGCUUCUCUGUCUUCGAGUACUCCCACGCCAGCACCUACUACUCCCAAAACUACGAUGGCACAAACAGAAGACUCGCGUCUCUUUGCUGCCCACAUGAAGCUUCUUGACACCGGCUCUGUCUCCCAGGAUUUGCACGAGGUAUCAGGGACGCCAUUAUACACCAAGAAGGUCCUUGACCAUUCUGAGAAGUUCUUCAGCCAGUAUGGUUUCUUAGCUGGCAUGUCGGACGUCCUUGAUUCGAAUACGGCAAUGAAUAUCAACGCCACGGGCAAAAGUCGACCUGCGGAUCCGCGCCUAUUUUUCAACAUUUCGGCACCCUCGAGCGCGUUCAUUUAUGGUUCUCAAGGAUCGGGAAAGAGUCAUACUCUGUCUUGUCUCUUGGAGAAUUGCUUGAUGAAGUCGGAUGUCAGCAAGCUAGAUAAUCCACUUGCGGGCCUUAUGUUCCAUUAUGAUUCUUUCACGUCUGAUGUUAAAGGUACACCUUGCGAAGCUGCCCAUAUCUCCACCAAUUCCAACGUCAAAGUCAGAGUUCUGGUAUCUCCGACGAAUCUCCAGACCAUGAAGCGCACGUACGCAGAUCUAAAUGUCACUGUCGAGCCGUUACGAAUCAACCAGACCGACCUCAACACCAAGAGAAUGAUGGAUCUUAUGGCAGUAGACCAGGAGGGCAGUAAAUUGCCAUUGUACUUGCAUGCAAUCAGCAGGAUUCUUCGCGAUAUGCGUCUUAUAUCGCAACAAAACAACGCCGGGUUCAACUACCGCGAAUUCAAGAGACAAGUGGACCUCUGCGAUAUGACUCCAGCUCAACUGCUUCCAUUGAAUCAACGACUUGAAACUUUGGAGAGCUUUAUGCCGCGGUCGCAGACAUCAGGGAAGCCUGCUGCUCAGUCCAAGAGUGGCGGAGGAAACGACUUCUUUGGAAGUAAUUGGUCGAUCAAGGCAGGAACUCUCACUAUCGUUGACCUCUCAUGUCCAUGUGUCACGGCCGAGGGAGCAUGUGCCCUCUUUAACAUGUGUUUGAGCCUCUUCCUUGAACAGCAUACCACAGUCGGACGAAUCAUUGGUUUGGACGAAGCUCACAAGUACAUGAACGCAGGCGCCGAAGCUUCUUCGUUGACCAACACUCUCCUUUCUGCGAUUCGUCUGCAGCGCCAUCUCGGGACUCGAGUUUUCAUUUCCACACAAGAGCCGACCAUCUCCCCAAAACUCCUCGAUCUGUGCUCCAUGACUAUCGUUCAUCGAUUCACGUCUCCGGAUUGGCUCAGCGAAUUACGACGUCAUCUUGCUUCCUUGGACAAUGACGAAAACUCUCCUGAGAAGUCAAAAGUCCGCUUGAUGAAUAUUUUCAAUCAGAUUGUCAAGCUUAGGGUUGGAGAAGCCUUGCUUUUCGCCCCAAGCGCGAUCAUUGGCGUGGAAAAAAAGCGGAGUGAGAAUGGAUCUGAGGAGACAGACAUGCAGAGAUUGGGAAUCGGAUAUCUCAAGAUCAAGAUUCGCGCCCGAGUGACUUCAGAUGGCGGCAGGAGCGUCUUUGCCAUGGGUGCUAAGCCGACUGCGAAGACGAAAGGCAAUGCCUUCGGGUUACCUGCCGUAAAGCCCACUCAUGGGGUACCUCAAGCUGGAAGCGGAGCAGUUGGGGGCAUCAAACAUGCCGCUUCGCCGUUCCAGUUCCCAUCAAUCAAGAGUUGGAACGAUUCAGUGCUUGCAGCCAGCUCUGCAGCUGCCGUCGGAUCUUCAGCGAGCAGUCCGCCGGUUGCUUUAUUUGGUGCUCCAUCUCCGGCCCCAGUUCAUACCAACAUAUGUGGCUCCAUAAAUGUGCAAGCAACCACCAGCGCUGCUUUUAGUGUCGAUUUUGGCGAAGAGAAAAUCAAUCCCUUCAAGUCUUCUGACCGAACCCACAUUGUUGGUGCCUUCACCACAAGCACGUCAAACCUCUUCAGCAUGUUCUCGUUCAGUACUGUUCCCGCUCCAGGCACAAGAUGCGCUCCAUUCCAACCUUUCAUCGAGAACGAGCCAAACUCGAGAACCAAUCAGCAGAACUCUUUCCAGAACAUUGGCUUCCAGCUCCGGUAUCAGAAGUUUUCGCCAGAGGAGUUGAGGUUGUCAGAUUAUGCAGUAGGUGUCAGAUAUGCGGUAGGUGUCAAAUAUUCGUGACAGUGGAACUUUUAGAGCAAUUACACUAAGUAACGGAAACUUGAGUAUCUCGCGGCGAUUGCAGUAUGGGAGUGGGGAGCCCAUGGAGUGUAUAAUUACAUUUGUUGGAAUUCGAUUUCGCAUCUUCUUUUAGCACUGACGCACAAAUACCCGUGUAGACAGAUAGAUACCAUUCCGCAAGGGCACGAGCAGUACUGGACUGUUGUUGAAAUGUGGUUUCGUUGGGAGACCCCAGGUCUGUUUUGAAAUCAGCGCGCUUUAGCAGCCCAAAAAUUCUUGGUUUCACCCACCAAUAUAUAACAACCCCCUC